ACAAAUGGUUUUCUCGCACUUUCUACGGGCCGUCAGUGAUGUUGACAAUUCCAAAACUGUCUGUCAGCCUGGAACAAUAUCUAAAAAUGAAAUUUCACAACGUUUAAAAUAGUUAAGACUGCCACAGGACAAAGAUGACGCAUUACGGUGAUGCGGCAGCGACUGUGUGCGUUAAAUGAGGAUAUUGAGAAUUCAACUUACAGACAGUUUGAUGAACUUCAGCGCCCCAUUUGAUAUAGAGCCGGUGGAUCACUUAUAGUUGUUAGAUAUUUCAGUGUUUGGACAGUAUCCACAUAUGGAAGCAGAUAGUUUAAGGCUAGCGAGGUUUUAGCAGAGUGUUGUGAUGGGUAAAGAUUAUUACAGGAUUCUGGGCAUCGAGAAAGGCGCGUCUGAUGACGAGAUCAAAAAAGCCUAUAGAAAACAAGCGCUGAGAUUUCAUCCCGACAAAAACAAAUCAGCCGGAGCUGAAGAUAAAUUCAAAGAGAUCGCCGAAGCUUAUGAUGUCCUGAGCGAUGCAAAGAAGAAAGAAAUCUAUGACAGAUACGGAGAGGACGGGCUUAAAGGACACGCUAGCGGCAGCACCAAUGGCCCUAGCUACACUUUUCAUGGCGAUCCUCACGCCAUGUUCGCGGAGUUCUUUGGUGGACGUAGCCCGUUUGAUCAGUUUUUCACAUCUGCUGGGGGUGCAGGUGAUGAUAUGGACAUUGAUGACCCAUUUGCGGCAUUUGGGAUGGGUGGAAUGGGUGGCUUCCCCAGAUCCUUCAAGUCCCGGGUAGCGGGUGCACAAGGGGGCCGGGAAAAGAAGAAAGACCCCCCCGUGGUGCAUGAGCUGAAGGUGAGCCUUGAAGAAGUGUUCUCAGGUUGCACAAAAAAGAUGAAGAUCUCGCGGAAGAGGUUGAACCCAGACGGCUGCACUGUGCGCACAGAGGACAAGAUCCUCACUGUGAAUAUAAAACGUGGCUGGAAGGAGGGGACUAAGAUUACCUUUCCCAAAGAGGGAGACGAGACGCCCACCAACAUCCCUGCUGACAUAGUGUUUGUGGUAAAGGACAAGACGCACCUAGUUUUUCGGAGAGAUGGCUCUGACAUCAUCUACGCUGCAAAGAUAUCCCUCAGAGACGCUCUAUGUGGCUGCACCAUCAGUGCUCCCACCCUGGAUGGUAGAUCUGUCACCGUGACAUCACGUGACGUCAUCAAACCUGGCAUGAAGAAGAGGAUUGUCGGAGAGGGACUCCCACUGUCCAGAUGUCCUGAGAAGAGAGGAGACAUGGUGCUAGAGUUCAUAGUGAAAUUUCCAGACAAGUUAGCACCGAGUGCUCGUGAAGUUUUGGUUCAGAUCCUGCCGCCUUGAACGCUGCAAUCUUUAGAGGAGAGAAUACAGCCAAUGCGAUUAGAGUCCAGACAGAUUGUGUGAUUGGGCCCGUUGAAUUCACUAGUUAUUGAACCUGAAAGCACCAGUGAGAAAUAUACCAAUAUGUCAAGCUCUGAGAAGCAUAAUAGAGCUCCAGUAUAUUCAUUUAUAUCCCCAUUAGUUAUUAAUGCAGUGCACUUUUCCAAAUCACUGUGAAUCAUUUCAGAAGACAUAUAUUGACUCAGACACAGUUUUGCAGUACCUCAGAGUCAAUGCUCAUGUUUGCAUUUCCCUGUUUUACGGCUUCGGGUUCCCUUCCCCCGAAUAUAUGUUUGUUUUCUUUUAUUAAAUUUAUUCAAAUUUUAGACUCCAUCACAAUUUUACCAUUUUACCAUCUCUUUUCUUUCAAGCAGGUUUGGGCAAAUUUCAGAACUUAGGAAUCAUCUAAUUUUCAAUUCCUGUGUUGGAAUUUGAAUUGGAUUUGCCACAUCUCACAGGAUGUUGAAUGGGAAACUUAAUCAGAAUGACAAGAAGAGGAAAUCCUACUGAAUUUUAAUUCAAGGAAUUUCAACACAAUAGACUAGGGGUUUUCAGAGAGAGAAAAAGUGUUUAAAAAUGACUGAAUUUGAUGUUAUUGCUCUCUUUCCAAAGCCUGGUCAGAAAUCAUGAGAUUAAUCAUGAUUAUUUUAUCCUAUUGAGUGACCUCCUUCAACAGUAAGAAAUGAAAACAUCUUCAUAUAAUUUUGUGAAAUUUAAAUAAGAAAAUGUUUAUAUUCAUGGUUUAUAUGUCUAACAUAAAAUAGACACACAGUUACCAAAUAAAAUGUAAAUAAUUUCCAGAUAAUAUUUAUUAUUUCUAAUGGCUUUUGUACAAUGACAAUAUAUUAUUAUUGUUAAACUUAUAAUAAGCCACUUAUUUAAUAUCACAAACAGCAUGUUGUCUUUAUAAUGUCACACGUAUACACACAGAAUACAUUGGUCUUUAUACAUUAAAUAAUAGUUGCCUUUAAGAUUUAAGAAGGGGGUCCCUCACCAGGGGAUCAUUAUAUUUGUGGUCUUUGCCAUCAAAAAGUUUGAAAAUAUGUGUAAUGGACAGAGAAGCUCCAUUAGUCCAACACGACAGCAAAACUGACAAAAACAGGUGACUGUAUUAAAAUUGCUUAAAAACUAAAUUUACUGAAUUACAUGUACAUUAAUUUGAUCCCAUCUUAAUUCUAUUUUGUAAAGUUUGAAUUAGAAUUCUGCAUCCUGGUUCCUAAAUGGAUUGAAAUUCAAUAGAAAAUCAGAAAUGUAAUUUGAAAUUAAAAGCAAUUCUCAAUUCAAUUCUGAAUGGCACACAACCCUGCUUUCAAGGAAUCAUCUCCUCUUAACAUAUAGGUUGUAUACAUUCUUGAGAUGUGUGCGUGUGUGUGUGCGGUUGUGAGUGUGUGAACGCCCAUUGAUGAGGCUACAUGUAACUAAGAUGCAGCUAUAGAGCUGGUUUAGAUUAGGGAUGGGCAUGAUUACCAUUAUCUGUGCUUGGUCCUCCUGGGACUUCACGAUGGCCCUUGAGUAUUUUUAUAACAGUGCUUCCAGAGCUCUCUUUGUUAUGAUGCAGAGAAAGCAUGCUUAUUCCCUGCUAGGAGUGACAGAGAUCUGUAUAUCAUCAGUGUGAACUUGAGCACUUCAAGUCAACAUUAAAUCAUUUUUGACCUUCUUUACUUUAUUAAUUCAUAUUCCUGGCCUCAUUGUGCAAUAUCCAUCAGUGCACAUUAUUAAAAGUAUUAUUAUUAUUUUACUUUUGUAAUCUUUCAUCAAAAUGUAAUAAAUUGCUCUGCAUGUGAAAAGACAAAUUUUUUGCUGAUGUUACAAUCGCAUUUAUUUUUCAACUCCUCCCCCUCCAAUCACUCUAACAUGCGUUCAGUAACACUUCCUUAAAUUGUCCAGUCAGUUCCCUAAGCAUUAAAUACAAUUUUCAAAUAUUCACUCAGAAGUGUCAGAUAAUGCAAUUAAAAUGGUUUGCGAAAGGCAUUUCAUGUUGACUUUAACCCCAGGCAUUAAAAGUACUUGUUUGUUACAGAAGUCACCAAGUUACUAAGGACAUGUAGCUUUAAAGGGGACAUGACAUGCCUUUUUUUUUUUUUUUUUGUAUGUUCUUUAUGGUUCACUUGUAAAGUGAAGUUUUUUGUACAAAAAAACAGUCAUAUAUUUGUAAAACAUGAUCAUUUUCCACCUCUAUUCUGACCCUUUGUCACACUCUGUUUUGGUGCUGCUUCUCCUUUAAGACUAGACAGUAAACACCCACUGUUCUGAUUGGCUGUCUGCUCUUGACUGAUCUUAUCUCUCCUUGCCAUCUCACUGCUCACCGCUACUGGGCGGGGCUACAGAAGUGAUAAGGUAAAGUAGAUGUGUUGUUGAAGGGAGUCAGAUGCAAAUGUCUACCACAGUGUGACAUCACAAUGUGGAGGAAGUAGAGAAAGAGUCGUUUCGGCAGCUUGGUUUCAACAAAUGCUCGUUUUGCAGGAAGCAGAAAGUUUUGAGUUCUGAAACUUACAUUAUGUUUUUAUAUUAAAAUAACCUCUGAUAUCUGAAAAGAUCACGGAAAAUUCCUCAUAUCAUGGCCCCUUUCAUUUCUAAUGGCUAAUAUGCAAAUAUUCAAUUGAUAUUGAGUGCUGGUUUGUGGGAUUGUACAGUUCAUUUCUUUAGAUUAACACUAGAAAAUAUCAAAACACAACUUAAACCUGUUGCUUGUAAAUGUUAUCGCUUAAAAUGAAAUCAUGAUUAUUAGUGUGUGAAUAUUUCCAUAUGUUAUUCUGCUCAUAAAUGAUGUUAAGAAGAGCAUAAUGUAUAGCGUUGAAAUGGUGGCUGUUUAAUAGAUCAUUUUGGAUAAUGCAUUCUAGAACUGCCUGAUCUUCAACAUGACUUUAUAAGAAAUUACAGUACUUGUGCCAAACGUGACCUGGGUAUGCAGAAAAAAUUACGAGGAGAUUGAAAUUUACUGAAAAGGGUUUUGGGUUAAAUUUCAGGUGCCAAUUACUUAAAAAGAAAAUGUUUUUCAAAUAAAAGCACUUUGUACAUCUGUUCUUUUUUUAGUGAAUUUGUAUGACAUGCUUGACAACUCUUUACUCCCUCACGUAAUUGUUUUUAGGUGCUGCAAUUAAAGGCUUUUCAAUUGCUGUCUUGUAAUAAGUAUUUAUCUGUAUGUCUUAAUUAUUGUUAAACAUGAAUCAAGUUAUUAGUAUUGCAACUUUUAGCCUGAAGUUU